GGGGGUGCUAGACUAUGUUUUUCUUAAGCAGUUCAAACGUAAUUUUCCGCGUCUCGAAUGCCAUGUAGAAAAUAUAGAGAUUGAAUCACAGUGCCUCAAAAAAGAAAGAUCAGAACAAAAAUGAUUUUCAACAGCAUAGUCACGUGUGUUAAAAAAAUCUCAAACAACACUUUGAUCAUUAGACGAGAGUGUUAAAGUAGUGUUUAAAUAAGUGUUGUGAAAACAACCGAAAUAGUUACUUAAAAAAUCAAAUUAGCACAUCGGCUCACAAACUAGUGAUUGAUGCGAAACAAGACUAUAUAUUCAACUUACAUUACUAAACCUCGGAUUUAGUAGCAAUGGAACGAAAACGAUCAAUACGACGACGGCAGAAGCCACCGUUUGCCGAAAGAGCGAAAGAUCAUUGCCGCAAUUUCACCGCAUUCAUGUUUAGUAAUGUCGGAAUUAUUUUUCUUGUGGUUUUAUAUAUGAUUGCAGGUGCUUUCAUGUUCAUCGCGAUUGAGGGGAACGAGGCAUUGGAAAGGUUUGCUCAAAUACCAUCAAAGAGAAAUGAAACAGCAAUGAAGCUAUGGCAAAUAUCUUGCUGUGAAGUGAAUGUUUUCAACAAAAGCAUUUUCGAAGAAAAAGUGGGACACGAGAUACGCGCCUAUCAGGAGAAGAUUGUGCUUUGGGCCCGGCGAGGUUGGCAGGGUAGUGAUAUUACACUGGAAAGUGAAUCUCCAUGGAGUUUUUCUGGGGCAUUUCUGUAUUCAUUAACAGUGAUCACUACUAUAGGAUAUGGAAACAUUGUUCCAAGGACUGAAUGGGGUAAAAUUGCAACUAUUUUCUACACCAUCAUCGGUAUGCCACUCUUUCUGCUUUAUCUUUCCAACAUAGGAGACAUUUUAGCGAAGUCGUUCAAAUGGAUUUAUGCCAAAUUUUGCUUAUGUCGUGUUUGCCCCGGAGUUGCAAGGAGACGUGCUAUGCGAGCAAAACGUAGAGCACGUACGGAAGAACGUGACUAUUCGUCAGAGACGGGAGAAAAUGGAUUCGACACAUAUACAUUAUCGACUUCAAACGUUGACGAUGAAAUUGAGGAACAAAUUACUGCCGAAACAAAUACUGUCACCGUUCCUAUAACCAUUUGUAUUAUGAUAAUGAUAGGGUAUAUAUUUUUCGGAGCUCGUCUUUUCGCAGACUGGGAAAACUGGGAUAUUCUCGAUGGAAGUUACUUUUGCUUUAUUUCGCUAAGCAGUAUAGGUUUCGGAGACAUUGUUCCAGGUGCCUCGCUUCAAACGAAAGGAGAUACGAAAAUGGAAAUUAGCUUCAUACUGUGUGCGGUAUAUUUGCUGCUUGGAAUGGCUCUCAUUGCCAUGUGCUUCAAUCUAAUGCAGGAACAAGUUAUUUAUAAGAUUCGAUCUUUGAAGAAAUGUGUAAGAGGAUGUUUCCACUGCGCAAAACCGAUCCCAGUACCCAUGGAGGAAGAAGCGGAGGGCUGAACAUGUGCUUUCCUUAUCUACACCAUUGGAAGCUGUUAAAGACAAAUGAAAACAUGAGUUUAUGUUUAUUUAAAGACAUCACUGAAAAGCAUUGCAUAUUUAUUAAAAAUAUGAAUAUUCGGAAAAUAAGCGAGAACAUUCCAAAAACUUGGCGUUUAUUUAACACUGUGUUCACCAUGCGUUGUUGCUCAAUCUGGGUACCCGUCUACCAUCUUCGUGUUAAAUUACUAAUGAA